AUGGCCAUCCGCCGCGGGGCACUCGCGCUCGUCGCCCUGUCCUCGGUGCUCGCGCCCGCCGCCGCGAAGAAGCCCCUCGUGCCGGCGAUGUUCGUGUUCGGGGACUCCCUGGUGGACGUCGGCAACAACAACCGCCUGGAGAGGUGCGACGUCAGCUGCAAGGCCAACCACCGCCCCUACGGCGUCGACCACCCCUGCCACUCGCCGACCGGCCGCUUCAGCAACGGCUACAACCUGGCCGACCUGCUAGCCCAGCUGCUGGGGUUUGCGGAGAGCCCGCCGCCUUUCCUGUACCUGUCGAACGCGAGCGCCAUCCGGCGGAUGAGCACGGGCGGCAUCAACUUCGCGUCAGGAGGCUCGGGGCUCCUCCCGACAACCGGGAACAACAAAUGUGGCGAGGCGAUUCCCAUGUCCGAGCAAGUCGGGAACUUCACGAGCCUCGUUCGGAGGACGUGUGCCGGAAGCGGAGGCCGGACGGCGGCUGAUCUCAUCUCCAAGUCCCUCGUCUUCAUCAGCGUCGGCAGCAACGACCUGUUCGAGUACGCCGAUCAUCUUAUCACAGAAGCUAACAACACCAGGAAAGCUAACAACACCAGUAGUAGCGCUAUCCGCAACGACACCGCCUUCUUGCAAGGGCUCAUUGCCUCUUACAAGAGCAACGUCAAGGACCUGCACGCCGCCGGGGCGAGGAAAUUCAGCGUGCUGAGCCCGUCGCUGGUCGGCUGCUGCCCGUUCCAGAGGAAGGUCGCCAAGGACUACGGGGACGUGGACCAGCUCGGCUGCCUCGGCACGGCGAACCAGCUCUCCCGGCAGCUCUACCCCAUGAUCGCCUCCAUGCUGCAGUGCCUCAGCCAGGAGCUGCCCGGCAUGAGCUACUCCCUCGGCGACGCCGUCGGGAUGGCCGGAUGGGUCUUCAGCAAACCCAGUACGUAAUCGACUACAAACUAAACCAGCAAAAAUCUGAUGCUGAAUUCUGACGCUGCUCCGUUCCGCGCAGACUUGACGCUCGACCGCGCGUGCUGCGGCGACGGGGACUUCGGCGAGAGCCUGUGCAACAGCUCGGUUCCCCUGUGCCAGGACCGGAGCGGCUACUUCUUCUGGGACAGGUUCCACCCCACGGAGGCGGCGUCGGCGAUCACCGCCAGGGCGCUCUUCGGCGGCGCCGCCGGGCGCUUCGUGGCCCCGGUCAACGUGAAGCAGCUGGUGGCGGCGCGGCCAUGCCCAUGA